AUGGGGCGUCUCACCGAGUACCAGGUCAUCGGGCGUCAUCUGCCCACCGAGGCCAACCCCACGCCCAAGCUGUACCGCAUGCGCAUCUUCGCGCCUAACACCGUCGUCGCCAAGUCGCGGUUCUGGUACUUCCUGACCCAGCUCCGUAAGGUCAAGAAGGCCAACGGUGAGAUCGUCAGCCUCAACGUGAUCAACGAGAAGCGCCCCCUCAAGGUCAAGAACUUCGGUAUCUGGCUUCGUUAUGACUCUCGCUCCGGCACCCACAACAUGUACAAGGAGUUCCGUGAGAUGAGCCGAACCGAUGCUGUCGAGUCUCUCUACCAGGACAUGGCUGCCCGUCACCGUGCCCGCUUCGGUUCCAUCCACAUCCUCAAGGUUGUUGAGAUCGAUAACGCCGACUCCAUCCGCCGCCCCUACAUCAAGCAGCUCCUCCAGAAGGACCUCAAGUUCCCUCUUCCCCACCGCUCCGCCAGCGGCAACAAGAAGAUCUUCUCUUACUCUCGUCCUUCUACUUUCGCCUAG